AUGGCCACGCCGACCACGCCCAGAAAGAAACCUCGUCCUCCACGCAGAAAAGCCUGCAGCAGUUGCGCGAAGUCUAAAGUCCGGUGCAGUCUAGAAAAGCCCGGAUGCUCGCGGUGCAGAUUGACAGACCGGAACUGCGUCUAUGAGACGACGGCUUCAACAUCGGAGCAACCAGACUCGCGCCUAGCACAAGGAGGCUUAGAAGUAGAAUUCGGACGCUUGGAUUAUCUCAACGUGUCUUCUUUUACGGGUCCACUCUCUGCUUCAGCAGCAUUACAGACGCCACUUUCUCCGUCGGAUGCUGGUGCUCCUAGUAGGUCUCCCGUUGAAAAUACCAUCUGGUGUCCGCCGACCCAGCAGUCCCAGGGACAAUCUCCCAGAAGGACUCCCAGAAAUAACGAGCUUCACUUCGGAGAGAUCGACCUGACUCCCAGCUCUGAGGCAGACGAUAUUCGUGCCCGAUGGAUAAGGCCUUACUUCGCGACUACACUCGAGCGAACUGAGAUCCAAAAAGUCGUUCUUCCUUAUACUAUACAGUUUAUUAAGCGGAUACUGAGGACUUAUCCGCGGAACAUGCUGAAGGACGGACAUGUCCCUCCAAUCAUUCAUCACACCCAGGUGAAGGGGAACGAGAUUCCUCGUACACUAGCAAACUGCUAUAGUAUAGUACGUAUGUGGGAACACGCUGUCCCUGGGAGCGAGGAGAUGGUUAUGAGUACACUCAGGCGGGAGAUGGAUAGGCUCGCUAGUGAGAGCCCAAAUCAACACGACUACGACCUCCUGUCCGCCUUCCAAGCUUACCUUAUUUACUCAAUCCUGAUGUACUUCUCCCCUCGCGGCGAUUUCUCGGAAAACACCAUGGUAACUCUCAUGGAUUUGGCCUUCCGGACAAGUAGAAAUGGUCUCUUCUGUACCGCCGAAAUAAAACGGACCAAACCAACAUGGGAAUCCUGGAUUGUCGCUGCCGCGAAACGCCGUACAGUCUUUAUUCUAUACGUCUUCAGCAGUAUCUAUAACGCGGACCGGCUACUGCCCGAAUUUAUAGCGGACGAACUGAGAAACGUCUAUGUACCGGGUCAUAAGGCAUUGUGGGAGGCGGAUAACCGAGAAACGUGGAAUAAGGUGUAUGAUCAAUACCUAUCGGAUUGGGAAGAUGGGAGUUUGGUGAUCUCCGAGUUAUGGCCAUCCCCUGAGAAGGAGGAACCCAAACAAAGGGAAAGAAUCGAACGUUGGGUUCAGACAGUUGACGAAUUUGGGAUGACGAUUUUUGCUCUUUGCGCUCAUAUUCAUGGCUGUUGA